AUGGCUGAAACCCCAGCCAAGCGCCAAAAGGUUGAUUGCAACAGCCAGGCGCCCAGCGAAAUCCCCUCCUUUGAAGACUUCGCGCCUGACGGAGAUGUCAUCUUCAUCGUGCAAGGCAAAACUCGAGUGCGCGUAUUUUCAGCUGUCAUAAAAUGCGCUUCUCCUGUUUUUGCUGCUAUGCUGAAACCAAACUUCAAAGAAGGCCGCGCCCUGGCUAAGUCAGGAGACUCACCUAUCGAAAUACCAUUGCCAGAAGACAAUCCAGAGGAAUUGGGGUGGAUUUGCCGUGCUCUACAUUGCCAGGCUCACACAAUGCUCUGGAAACCGACCAUUCCCCAACUGUGGUCGGUUUGGUUGCUUGUCGACAAGUACGACAUGAAGGACAGCAUGCAGCUUUCUCUGAAGCUCUGGACAAGCAAAAAACUCCCGACAGCUAUCAACUUCCAAAGGGGCCAUGAUCUCUGGAUCUUGACGGUGCUUUCUAUAAUGAAUCGAGACGCGGAUAACUUCAAAAUUGCCAGCUGCGAACUCAUUCUGAAAGGAACAAAACCUUUCAAAGCCCUUGCUUCUAACAUGGAACACGACACUCAAAACGCUGCUUCAGAAGGUGUUAUCUACAGGCUCGCCGGCGAGCUUCAAGCAAUACGGGACUGCGCCAUGAUGAAAGCAAUCAAGUUCGUGUACAGUGAUUUGCUUGCGACUCUGCGUGUGGGCUGUACUAAAUGUACAGAGACCUAUUUCCAGGCCGUGGAACGUGAAUUGGUCAAGAGGACUGGACAACCCACCUUUAUGGAGGACAAUUCAAGACUUGCAGUUGUUCCUCAUGUUGUCUCGGCAAUCAAAAAAUGGGCGUUGGAGUCAUGCAAAGAUUACUUUACAAAAUGUGCCGCGAACAGGCGCAUCAUCCGGGAACAGGCUUCCAAGUUCCCCAGCGAUGUGAUUGAUGGACUUUGCCUUGACUGCUUUGACAAGAAAGAUCGAUGCUCCGAGCAUUGA